CAGGCUAAAUUUACCCUGAUGUUAAGGUCGGCAGGGAGAGGACUCGGCGUUUGUCACCUGUUAUUUACCUGAACACACUGUUGAUAUAUCAGAGUACCGUCAGUGCGGAUUGAGUUUCUCCGGGAUCAGUGCGGUAACACCAUGGCCGAGCCCGCAGGGAAGAGGUUAAAGAGCAGCCUGCCGCUGUGCAGGGCGCACCGGAGCUCCGGAGCGAGCAGCCGGGCCAGACACAACCUGCCUGCCGCCGUGGAGGAGGCUCUGUGCGGGGUGAGCAGCCUGCUGUGGGAGGGAGUAUACCGGCUGCAGGCUCUGACUACGGUGUUUGAGCGGGAAGACAUCCCUCUGCCCCGUGUUGUGUCUUUCUUCCACCACCAGGCGCUGAAGCAGCAGGAUGAGGCUGAGGCCAUGCUGGCCUACCUGGCAGAGAGGGGUGGCACCUACUGCAGCAAGGAUAUCCAGAAGCCUGGGUGUGAGGCCGUGUGUGCCCUGCUGCCUGCUCUGGAGCUGCUGCUCCUCCAGCUGAAAGAAGAGGCUAGUGUCAUGGUAGAGCUGAGUCAGCUGGCCCGAGAGCAAGGAGACCCACACACCAGUCACGUUGUGAAGAACGUCUUUCUGGGGCCGCGGGUGGACCGCCUCAAAUUGCUGGGCGACCUGCUCACCAGUGCCCGCCGGGUUGGUUGUACCAAUGACCAGACAGGGGGGUUCGGGGAGUACAUCCUGAAUGAGCUCCAGGAAGAACUCACCAGAUAGCCUGCCCAUUUCAAAGUCUUGGAUUUAAAUGAAACAGGAAGUGACUAUCUGUAUUAAUUUUGAGAAAUUUAAAUUUGAAAGAGAUUUGAUUUUCUGCAGUUUUGGACAACAUGAUUUGUAAUUAGUUACCCCAGAGUCAAGAGUCAUACGAGCACAGAUGUGACAGGUGUAUGUUUAGCUUAGGUCGAUGCACCAAAUGCACUUUAAAAGUGCUACAAAUAUCACAUUACAUGUCCUCGGCAUUCAAAACAGUCAUAUUAUAAUUUUUAUUGCCACCUACUGACACCAUCUACUCUGAAAGUCUUCUGGUGUGGCAGCGGUUUCAUUAAAAGAACAAUUUUUAUGUGUAACCCCAACAUGAGCAUUCCAAUUGCUAUCAUUUGAAGCACAGAGAGUAGCCAAAACAAGGGGUUUAGCAGCAUAAUUGAAGAAUGAUGCUAACACACCAUUUUGGUGAAACUUUUGGACCUGGCAUUCAUAUAGAUGUUACUUAGACAUGUACGACCCACCUAAACCAGACCAGACACCCCCACCCCAUAGCAAUGACACUCCUUGAUGACAGCAGCCAUCCCCAGCAGGAU